AUGGGACAUUUAGUCAGUGCUGCUAUCCAAACUUACAUGGGUUCGUCAAAUGUAUUUAUACUCAUUAUAAAAUUUCAAAAUAUUUUAUUUGAAGAACUUGUCCAAUAUGGCCUCUGGAGAAAUCCACCUGGCAGGGAAGCAAUGAAAAAGAUAACCAUCACUUUAAUUUUGAUAACAUCAGCAAUGACGCGUCAAUACACAAAAAGUUUUUACAAUAGCUUAUACAAAAAAGGCAUAGUUCCUACUAUUUGUGAAUUCAAAUCUAAUAACGAACAACCAGAAGAACAACAACAACAACAGCAACAGCAACAACAACAACAAGCACAACCUCAACAAGCACAACCUCAACAACAACAGCAACAACAAGCACAACCUCAACAAGCACAACUUCAACAACAACAGCAACAACAACAACAACAAGCACAACCUCAACAAGCACAACCUCAACAACAACAGCAACAACAACAACAACAAGCACAAGCUCAACAAGCACAACCUCAACAACAACAGCAACAACAACAACAACAAGCGCCUCAACAACAAGCACAACCUCAACAACAGCAACCACCACCACUGCCACAGCAAGAUCAAGUGUGGAGGAAUGGGCAACGAUACUUUGUGUAUCACAACGUCCGAAGGAAUCCGAGAAGAGCCGUCAAGAGAGUGGCACCAAAUGAUGGCCAGCCAGUUUAUGUGAGGGAGCGACGGAGGAGGAGAGUAAACCGAGAUCCACCACCACCACCACCACCACUACCGCAGGCACCAGCUGCACCAGCUGCACCAGCACCACCGCCAUCACCACCGCCAUCACCACCGCCAUCACCACCGCCAUCACCACCGCCAUCACCACCGCCAUCACCACCGCCAUCACCACCCCAACAUCUAGAGCAAGCACCAGCACCAGCACAGGAGCAAGCACCAGCACCAGCACAGGAGCAAGCACCAGCACCAGCACAGGAGCAAGCACCAGCACCAGCACAGGAGCAAGCACCAGCACCAGCACAGGAGCAAGCACCAGCACCACCACGGGAGCAACCACCACCACCGCCACCACCUUUAGCUAGACAACCUGCACCCGCAGCAGCUGAGCAGUUCCAUGUUAUUCCGCUGGAUCCACCGGAAGACUUUCAGGCUUGGCUUGAACUCACACCGUUAUGGUUUAGGAGGUACCUGGAUGCAAGGGAGGAUCGGAUUCGUGCAUUGGAGACUCGUGUUGAGGUACAUUUAAUUUUAACAACUAUUCCUGAAAGAAGGCAUCCAUGA